AUGGUCGUCUGCAGGCAGCUGGGGCUGGGCUUUGCCAGCCAUGCUCUCCAGGAGACAUGGUACUGGGCAGGCAGCCCCGAUGCCUCCCGGGUGGUGAUGAGCGGGGUGCGCUGUGCCGGCACCGAGCUGGCCCUCCAGCAGUGCCAGCGCCACGGCCCCAUCCACUGCCCCAGCGGCGGGGGACGCUUCUCAGCAGGGGUCACCUGCACCGCUCAUGCCCCGGACCUGGUGAUGAAUGCCCAGCUGGUGCAGGAGACAGCCUACCUGGAGGACCGGCCACUGGAGCUGCUGUACUGUGCCCACGAGGAGCGUUGCCUCUCCCGUUCCGCCGACCAGAUGAAUUGGCCCUAUGGCCACCGCCGCCUCCUCCGCUUCUCCUCCCAGAUCCACAACCUUGGCAGAGCCGAUUUCCGACCCAAGAUGGGACGCCACGCCUGGACCUGGCACCAGUGCCACCGGCACUUCCACAGCAUUGAGGUCUUCACCCACUAUGACCUGCUGACGCUCAAUGGCUCCAAGGUGGCCGAAGGGCACAAGGCCAGCUUUUGCCUGGAGGACACCAACUGCCCUGAGGGGCUGCAGCGACGCUUCGCCUGCGCCAACUUUGGGGAGCAGGGGGUGAGCGUGGGGUGCUGGGACACCUACCGCCAUGACAUUGACUGCCAGUGGAUCGACAUCACUGAUGUGCCACCAGGCAGCUACACCUUCCAGGUGGUUGUGAACCCAAAGCACGAGGUGGCUGAGUCGGACUUCUCCAACAACGUGAUGCGGUGCCAGUGCAAGUACGACGGGCAGCGCGUCUGGAUGCACGGCUGCCACACAAGCGAUGCCUACGGAGCCGAUGUGGUGAGCGAUCUGGAGCAACGGGAGCGCCUGGCCAACAACCUUGUGUGA